UUUCUGCUCCUUUUUUGCUUCAAAAAGUCUUGUCGUGUUACAUUCUUUUUCUCUCUCGAACCAAAAAGUAAAGAAAGCUGAGAGAAUUCACCCUUGAAAUAGUUUUAUUGAACCCCUAAUUAAAUGCCUUUGAGGCCACAAUCUUUAUGCGGAAAUCUUUUUAUUAUUAUUUGUAUACUAUUUUCUUUCGUUUUUCCUUGCAUCUUCUGAGAAACAUACAAAAUGUAAAAGAAACCCCGAUUACAAAAAGACAAACAAAAGUCACUGGACUCCUCUGUCUUCUGCAUCUCUUCCUUCCUCUUAUUUAUUACUUGCUCUUAGUAACCUUGUUCUCCAGUCUCCACCAAACGUAGCCGCUUUGUAUCUAUUUCAUACCAUUAGUCUUCUUUCUCUGGAGGACAUGGGGGAACAACUUGUUAAAUACUUUGUGGUGGAUGCUUUCACCGAUUCGGCCUUCAAGGGGAAUCCAGCGGCAGUAUGUUUAUUGGAGGAAGAGAGAGAUGAUAAAUGGUUGCAAUCUGUAGCUGCCGAGUUUAACCUCUCCGAGACCUGCUAUUUGACUCGCAUCACUGACUCUGACACUAAUAGUUCAAAUCCCAGGUUCCAUCUUAGAUGGUUUACUCCUGUCUCUGAGGUUGAGCUAUGUGGUCAUGCAACACUAGCAGCUUCACACGCUCUCUUUUCAAAUGGUUUGUUGAAUUCGGACAUUAUUGAGUUUGUAACACUAUCUGGGAUUCUGACUGCUAAGAGGAUUCCUGAAACCAGCAAAACUGAUGGUUCAAGCACUCAAAUUGGCAAAACAAAAGAGGACUUCCUUAUCGAAUUAGAUUUCCCUUCUAACCAGACUACUGAAUUCAAUGCUUUUGAUCUGGAUUUGAUUUCCAAAGCCUUGAAUGGUGCUUCCAUAAUUGAUGUCAAGAGGACUACUGCUACCUCAGAUGACCUCCUUGUUGUGCUGCCAUCUGCUAGAGCCGUUACAGAAUUACAGCCACAGAUUGAUGAGAUACUACAAUGUCCUGUGGGUGGGAUCAUUGUUACUGGGGUAGCUCCAUCGGAGUCUGGAUUCGACUUUGUUAGUCGAUACUUCGCUCCCAAAUUCGGUAUCAAUGAGGAUCCUGUCACGGGGAGUGCACAUUGCUGUUUAGCCCCCUAUUGGAGCAAGAAGCUAGGCAAGUCCGAUUUGAUGGCGUAUCAGGCAUCAGCAAGAGGUGGAAUAUUGAAUAUUCAUUUUGACGAGCAGAAGCAGAGAGUGCUGCUGCGAGGGAAAGCUGUCACUGUGAUGGAAGGCUCUCUUCUGGUUUAGAAUUUACGAGCGUUUGUAAUUAUUUCCACUGGGGCUGCUUUCUAUGAUUGAAGUCAUGACUCAUGCUCAUAUUAAAAUAAUGGGCAUUAGCCUCCGCAUUGCCUGGAUUGUUACUUCCUAUUCAUACAAUAGACGUUCUCACAUUGACCCCACCGUCAACAAACCCCAAGCACCACACAUCAACGCCCUCCCUCUCAAUCCUAACCAUUGAAUACCAUCCAAAAAUUUCUCCAGAACACCUCAUCGCUCUCCAUCACCAGAUCAACGGUUGGGACUCCCGGACAUGAUACAUAUAUGCGGGUUAUAAUGAAUUCAAUUUAUUUCUUUUGACUAA